UGUGUGCAUGCCUCAUAAUCUACAGGUUGUUGGAAAGAUCCAUCCGACCGAACGUACAGUGAGCAUAGCCAGUUGUGAGUGAGUUUCGCGUGCGCUCGCAUUCCUUGCCCAGCUCCUUGCCAAGGACCAAAAACUUCACAAUCCACGAGGAAAUAUUUACUUUACACUCUACCAACAAAUCUACAAGAACUAGUGCAUAACAUAGUGAGUGCCCGCAUACGAAAACCUCGAUCUCGUUAAUUGUAUUAGGUGUACGGAGAGAUCAGGAGGAAGCGUUGGAGGAGCUUUGGGUUCGAGGAGGAUAAGGAGGUCAUGCAGUUUUCUUGAGUUGUCGCUUUAUGAAGAAGGGAUGUCUGAGCAAAGGACCGAAUCGAGGGCGGAGAGGAUGGCCCGGUACAAGGAGGAGAGGAGGAGGCAGCUCGCAGUACAAUUUAGCGAGAGCGCGAACCGCCUCCAGAAGGACUCAUCGAGCGGGUCAGAUGGGCCGAGGACGACGAAGGCUUCCAGACUUAGAGCAGCAGCCAAUGCCAACAACGAUGCCAAUUCUAGUCUCAAAAUUGAUAAUGCUAAAGAGUCUCCAAAGAGUCCGGUGUCCUCGAUAACGAGUCCUUGCGAUUCCCCGAGACCGAAGUAUGAGAAGGAUAAGAGCAGCAAAAGGAAAUCAAACCUGAACCGUUCACUGAACUGCGAAGAAGUUCCAGUUGAUGCAAACGACGACAACAAAAACAGAAGAAGACGCCGGCGUUUCUUCCCUCCAGAAGUGUUAGUUAACUCCAAUGAACAGACGUCUAGGAGCGAUGCUAGUCUCACUGCCAAUCUGUCGCCGCUGUCUUCACCGAUCACUGCCUCAGCCACUACCCUCAGGGCGAUCCCCAGGAAGUCGGAGCUUAGCAUACAUAUGGAAAAUGCUCGAAAGGGGGUCACGUCCGCGCCAUCAUCAACUGUUCAUCAGGAUAUUGCAGCAAAAUUCAACGUUACCGCAAGAACCAGGAGGGUCGUGACAUCGAGCCCUUUGAAACAACGACCAUCAUCAGACAAAGAAAUCAACGGAAACAUGAAACAAUCCAACAAAGAAAACAUUAAACGAAAGACUGACGAAAUAAGUAAAAAACAAAAACAAGUGCCUCAAAACAACAACGACUCUUCAUCGACGAGGAGUACACGAAUUUCAAAAAGAAUGGAAGAGCUCUCGAAUCUGACCAGGGAGACGUUGGCCAGAGUCGAGCGUUUAGCGAAUAGAAGUAAGGAAUCUCCGAAACGAGAUCCACCAGCAAAGAAGAAGGAACAGGAGGUGACACCCUCACCACCAGUGUCAAUCCUGAAGCGUAAAGUGUCACAAGAGGAGUCGAAAACGUUGGUCACGCCCCCUGUCACUUUUUCGCCGAACGUAAUUGAGCCAGCAACAACUAAUCGUAAACAAGGAAUACUUAAGAAGCGACGCAGCUUAGAUGAGUCUCAAGUCUUAAGGCAUCGGAGCUGCAGUCCGGACGUUGCUGGCAAAUCGGACGCACGCUCUAUUUUGAAAACCAAGAGAAGAUCAUCACUGGAAGAAAUCACUCGAGUUUCAACAGAUGGUAUUCAGGGUAUACUUAAGAGGAGGACUUCGCGCAACGAAGACGAUUUUGAUAACUCUUUAAAUUCACCACAAAGUAUUCUUAAGCGGAGAUCUGGAGCCAGCAGUGCUGGUUCAUCAUCAAGUACCCAUCACCACGUCUCCAUAGCCACUGCCGUAAUCCUAGCAGCCGCCGAGGGAGCGGAAAUUAUUUUAGAUUCAGUUAAACCUAUCUUAAAGAAGAAAAGCUUUUCGGAGGAUUGCCCUAACGGUGACGCCAAUAAUGACCUGAAGCCUAUCCUCAAGAAGAAGUCUAGCACGGACACGGACGAUUCCGAGGAGAAACCCAAGAGGCCCAUCUUGAAACAGAAAGACACGAACUCAAAUCAAAACCUGAACGAUUCAUGUUCCGAAUGCGAAGUGAAGCCCAUUCUGAAGCCUAGGUUGUCCUUUGGUGAACCGAGUAACGGAGAAAUGGGCGAGUGGCGGACGAACGACAGACGCAGAUCUCAGACCCUCACCGAUCUUGAGUUCACCAUGAACGGGGUCGUACCAAGAGAUCGAGAUCGCGAUCUGAGCAGGCCGAGGGUUAUUAGCGUCUCCGAAUUGGUCAUGAGUUUCGAGAAGUCCACUGGUGCCAUACCGAAAAGAUCAAGUUUGAAGCGUCAAAGUGAUAAUAGAUAUAGGACCCAACCAAUCACAUUCAACGAAUUCGAAGCCAGUUUAAACUACGUUCAGAGUCCGCAGCGCGAAGAAUUUCCGCGUUUGACGUUGACAAGCCCUCAGGGUAACAACCACAGUGUUCAGUCUCUUUUGGAUUUAACUUCGUCUUUGGAAAAUGAAAACAGACUGAGCAGUUAUUUAUCAAAUUCUGUGCCAAAUACUAGUUCCGAUAGCGGGGUAGGUAAGAUGUCUUCCGAUUCGGCGUUCCAGUCAUUGGGAGAUGGAUUGGAAUUGGAGCAAGAUGAUACGUCACCGAAGAAGGUGAUCCCGAAAUUAGAGAUGCAGAUGAAGGCCAUCGCCGAGGAGGCCAAGAAAAUGAAGCUGCUCAAAGUUAACGCUGGUAUUCAGAAGUAUAAAAACCGCUCGACCGUGUCUUCCACUAGUCGUUAUUCCACUCAACCCGUUACUCUGGAUGAGGUCCAAGAGGCUGCGAAGAUCAAACGCGAAGAUGAGGAGAAAGAAGACACUAGCGACGAAGAUCCGUGCAACUUGAGCCUAUCCGAGCGGAUAAAGCUGUUCACCAAGAAGCAGCAGGAGGAGCUGGACUCCGUAAAGCUGGAGAGCCCGAAGCGUCGCACUCGCUUCAUCACGCAACCUGUUACCUAUGAUGAAGUGAAAUCUGCGAUUUCCCUAAACUGUGACUAUUACACAAGAAGUCCAAGUCCUUACGCUUUAGAUUCUGAAAGCGAUCGUAAAGGAAUAUUGAAAGCGUCACCUAGGCAUAGAUCAAAGUCACCGCCUCCACCUUCACCUUACAAGAUGUUGAACUCCGACCCGAAGCCCAAGUCCAUCCUGAAAUCAGAGAGCGCCGCAGCCGUUCCAGAUUUCACCUACGAUGAAGGCAUAUCCUCCAACGACUCCGAUGAUACGGAUACGGAGAAUAGGCCGGGCGAUUUUAAAAUAAACCUGCUGAAGAAGUACUCCAGUUCCGACGAGUCUUCGGGAGGCAAAGAGAUACAAAGCAUCAUCGGCAGGGAAGCCAUGCUGAAGAGGCGCCAAUUAAGAUCGACAAAUAGCAAUGGUUGUGUCAUCCAGAAGAGCAAGAGUCAAGCAGGCGUAGCUGCAGAGCAGCAACGGCAGUUGGCAGCGGAGGCGGCAGCAGCGGUGGCAGCAGGAGGAAUCCGCAAGUCGAAGACGACGGACGCGAUGCGCCGUAUUGAGAAGAUCCAGGAGCAGCUCAAGCAGAGUGGAGACAACGACUGGAAGCGGCGCAUACCGACUUUGAACAAUUCGAAUCAGGAGAUCAACCUGCUCAACUCUAGGAAUUUGUACAAUGACGAAUUAUCCGAUUUCUCCAAUCUCAAGGCCAAGAAGGAUGAGCUGGACGCGUCUUCCAAGCAAUGGAAGUCUCGUGUCGAGAAGUCAGAUGCUACGAACUAUUCGGUUACCGGAAGGAUGCAGCAGAUCAAAGACGUGCCCAACAUCUCAAUUAACAUCUCCAUAGCCGAUAAGGUCAGGAGGAUGCCCAAAGCUAAACGUUUCAAAGGCAAAGAUGGGGAUGAUACGAAGGAGACCAUCUCUACCCCGGUUUCUCCGGAAAUCGAUAACGGCGGUACGUUCAGACGAAGUAUUUCCGUGCCGAAUAACGCGGAAAACGAUUCUUCCGGUUCCGAUAGUUCUUUGAGAUCUUCCGGUAGGAAAGUAAAAGUGACGAGGCCCGAUGACGACACCUUCCAGAGUUUCUUCCAGAGCGUGAAGGAAAUGAGGACCGAAGAACGGGUGGAAGUGUCUUUGGACGAUUUCGACUCUGUGAGUCGACAGACAGAGACGCUUUUGGUCCAAAAGAAGAAUGUACGAGUUCAGAGGCGCGUCAAAGGCGCCUCCAAGAAUCCUUUGAAGGUGCUCGCGGCGCGUUCCGACAUCCAGAGCGAAUACACUGAAGUUGCAACGGGAAUCGCAGAGAGAGAAUCGAAAAGACUGAACGUUGAAAAAUUGGCAAGAAAUUCUAAUUUGGCCAUGGAAGCUUUAGCCGGAUUAGCAAGCAAAGAAGAUUUUGCGGCAGUUUCUUUGAAGAAAGGUUCGAACAAUCACAUUUCGUAUUUGCCGUUCAACAACAUGAUGCUGCUGCAAAUCAAAGGACGGAGACACGUUCAGACGAGACUUGUAGAACCGGUAGCAACGAGCAUCAAUCAAGGUGAUAAUUACAUCUUAAUUACUCCGGAUGCUCUCUUCAAUUACAUCGGAAGCUAUUCGAACGUUAUAGAACAAUCACGCGCCGCCGAUAUUAUCAAUCACAUUCAGAGCACUCGCGACAUGGGUUGCAAAGUGGAGAAAGCGAUUGUUUUAGGAGAGAAAUCCUAUGGAUCAUCGAAGGAUUCGGACAAGUUCUGGAAGCUGCUCAAUGCGGACGAAAAGAAAAUCGUCGAAGCAGGGCAUCCGGACGAGGACGAAGUUUAUGAAACCAGAAUGAUUGAUACCAAUAUGAUUUAUUAUGUUGAAAACGAUGAGUUGGUGCCGCUCGAGGAAUACUGGGGUAAAAUCCCGAAGAUCGAGAUGCUCCAACCGUCGCGUGUUUUGGUAUUUGACUUUGGUAGCGAGAUGUACGUCUGGAGCGGCAAGACCGCUAAUCCUGAUGUGAAGAAAACCGCUCUUAACUUAGCAAAGCAAUUGUGGGAUAGUGGAUAUAAUUACUCGGAUUGUGAACUCUGUCCUCUGAAUAUUGCUAACGUAUUGGGAGCGAGAGCUAAAGUUGAUCAAUCUUUGAAAGCUGACGCUAGGCCGGAUUGGGCCAUCUUUGCCAAAAUUUCGCAGCACAGAGAGACUAUAUUAUUUAGGGAGAAAUUCUUGGAUUGGCCCGACUACAGUCGCGUGAUUCGCGUCAAGGACAGCGGAAACGAGAAGAACAACAGUGAGGCCACUAUUGACAUAAAACCGUGCAACGCGAAUGAAUUGAUCUGUGAGUAUGUCGAACCGAACUUUGAGACUGAGGGUAGUCUUUUGGGACGGGGUCGGAACUAUUUUAACGAAGAGACGAACAUCCACUCGGAGAUCAAGACACUGUCCGUGACAAAUAUGAGAAUUUUAGAAAAUACGUGGGAGGAGUUGCCGGAAGAAUCCAAAGGGCACUUUUACGAUGGUGACAGUUAUAUAAUACGUUGGAAGUUUAGGGUGACCGUGACUGGAAGGGAACUAAGUGGUAAACCAUCCAAACAUGCUCAAGUGGGCAGAGAUCGCUGCAUCUACUUUUAUUGGCUCGGAAAGAAUUCCUCCAUGAACGAACAAGGCGUUGCAGCUUUACUAACCAUUGAAUUAGAUAAAGUGGAAAAUGCGAAACAAUGCAGAGUAUUACAAGGAUUGGAACCUCCUGUAUUCUUGCAAUUAUUUGAUGGUAAAAUGUUUGUGCAUAGCGGAAAACGUGAUCAGGACAUUAAUGACGAGAGACUUUACAUCUGUCGCGGAGAAGUCGAGAGCGAAAGCAGUUUAGUCGAGGUUCCGUGUAGUAUGCGCAGUCUGAGGAGCAGAACUACCUUUGUUUAUGUCAAUAAGAAUACUGUAGUCGUAUGGAAAGGAUGCAAAGCCUCCGAUCAAACAAAGAAAGUAACAAAUACGAUGCAAGAAUUUAUUUUAAGCGAGAAACCAGAGGAGUUUGGUUUGGAAGAUGAAGUUGAGUUGAAGGUGUACGAGGAAGGACAGGAAGAUGAAUCGUUUUUGGAAUGUCUCGGAGAGAAGAGACACUUGUAUGAAAGUCUGCUGGAAAGUAACGAGAAAUACGAGGAAACCAUGAAACUGUUCAAGUUCAAUAGUAUUCACGGUAAAUUUGAGGUCACCGAAACUCUGUGCCAGCAUCGAAGCAAGGAUUUCGUUACGCCCUAUCCUUUUUUGCAAUCCGAAUUGUAUUCAGCUAAUCAGCCUGCGUUGUAUUUGUUGGACAACGGACAUGAGUUGUGGCUGUGGCAAGGUUGGUGGCCCGAGAGGGAUACCGACUUAGAGCUAAGCGAACAAACUGGAUCUGGAGCAAUCCGAUGGCAGGCGGAGAGGAAGGCUGCCAUGCAAACAGCUAUUGACUAUUGGGCUCUAAGGCAUCCCAACUUCGAAGCCAAAACGGCGCCCGCUUUCCUGGUUUGGGCCGGACUCGAACCACUCUCCUUUACCAAUCUAUUCCCUAUUUGGUGUGAUAGGGAUGAUAUUGCUGGAUUAAAUAUAAAGGAGGGAAAGAAAGCCGGAGACAAAGUGUUAAUCGAAAAAGAAUUGACGUUGCUGACAAGGACCACGUAUCCAUUGAGCGAACUGCUGCAGCGGCCGCUCCCGGAUGGCGUGAAUCCCACUCAUCUGGAAAACUACCUUUCAUUGGAGGACUUCGACAAGUUGCUUUCAAUGUCGAAGGAAGAGUUCCAAAAACUGCCGAUCUGGAAGCAGAAUUCUUUGAAGAAGGAGAAGGGGCUGUUCUGACCUAAGUUUGACCCGAUGUUUCUGUUAUUUGCUAGCAAAUUGGAAAGGUUUUUAAUGAAUUGUCUGGAGUCGCUGAAAUCGGUGAAAUUGAAGCGGGAUUCAUGGCCCUGACUCUUUUAUACGUAUAGGACUGAUGAAAUUGUUUAUUACUAUUAUGAUUAAUAUUAUUAUUUUGUUGUUAAUUUAUUUGUGUAUCUCGAUAUCUCAUAAUAACCUAAGCGGAAAGUUCUAAAUAAUAUUUAAGUACUUA